AUGUCGUCAAACACCAACGGCGCUGCGGCGCCGCCCAAGCCGGGCCCGCCUGAGAAGAAAACAGUCAAGAUUCUCAUGAUUCACGGUUCGUGGCCCGCCUCCAUUCCCCCCCCCUCAUAUACUACCCAAAGUCCAUCCGCUCACCUCACCUUUCCAGGAUUCACCCAAAACGGCCCUUUAUUCCGCGCCAAGACGCGCGCCCUCGAAAAAGCCCUCGCCAAGUUCCUCGCGCCCGUCUCUCUCGUACCGCAGCUUCUCUACCCCACGGGCCCGAUCCGGCUCCGAGCCAUCGACAUGCCCUUCUACCAACCCCCCGCCGACGGGUCCUCCACCGAUGAGCCCGAGACGUGGGCGUGGUGGCGCCGCAACGACGCCACGGGGCGGUACCGCGGCAUCGAGCAGGGCAUGGCCACGCUGGCCGCGGUCAUCCGCGAGGCCGGCGGCGUCGACGGCGUCAUCGGCUUCAGCCAGGGUGGGUGCGCGGCCGGCGUCGUCGCCGCCGCCCUCGAGACCUCGCACCAGCCUUCCCCCGCUGCUGCUGCCACGGAGGGCGAGGGUCAUGCGGAAUGGGCCGAGGCGCUGCGCGCGGCCAACGGCGGGAGGCCGCUCAGGUUCGCGGUCAUCUACUCGGGGUUUCGCGCGGCCGACCCGGACCUCGGGUGGUUGUUUGAGCCGCGCAUCGCGACGCCGACGCUGCACGUCCUCGGUAGCCUCGACGCGUCGGUGGAUGAGGCGCGCAGCCGCACGCUGAUUGACGCGUGCGAGGAGCCGCUGGUCGUGACGCACCCGGGCGGCCACCACGUGCCGGUCGCCAAGGAGUGGGUGAUGCCCCUGGCAGGCUUCAUCAAGCAACACGUUCAUGAUAAGGAGCUCAAGGCGGAGCUGUAG